AUGUCGUCCAAGUCGGAGCCUGCGAACUGCCCUGCAUCCCCAGAACCGGGUGCCGCCAAGGAGGCUGUGCCAGCGGCACCAUCGCCGCAACAGGCAACGCUGGCUGCGACGGACGACAGAGUCUCGGAUGCGGCGCUGCCGCCGCCUCAUCACCACCAUGAUGAUGAUGAUGAUCAUCACCAUCCGCAGCAGCAGCAGCAGCCGCCCGUCAGGCUCGUCAGGCAAAAGGACGGACAAUGGGGGCUCGCCAGGGACGGCAGGCUCGUCAACAACCUCUCGCGGGUCGUCGGCUUCAUGGAGCUCGCCAACGCCGGCGACUUUGCCGCCAACGUGUGGAACGAGAUCCCCGUCCCCGUCUACGCCGUCGUCUUCAUGGCCGUCGGGGGCACCGUGGCCGGGGUCCUGUCCAUCUUCGCCUUCCGGGACGCCAGGCGCGCGUGCUGCAACGUCCGCUACUUGCGGCGGCAGAGACGGCGGCUCCUCGAGGAGAAGAAGCUGCUCGCGGCGAGGUGCGAAUCGACCCUGGAGACGGACGUCGUCCUGGCCAUCAACUUUCGUGAGCUCGGCACCGAGCUGGUCACGCGCUGGAUCAUGGACCUUCUCAUGGGCUUCGGCGCCGUCCUGAUAUGCGCCGGCACCUACAUGGCCAUCGGCGGCGCGAACCCGUCCGCCUAUCUCGCCUCCAACCUGCUCUCCGGCUACGUCGGCAACACGCCCAUCGCCGUCUUUGGCCUGUGCAACUCGUCGUGGGCCGCCUUCAUCUUCACCAAGGCCCAGCGCCAUGUCAGCGCCUCCCGGCGCCUGCUCGGCUCCUGCACCGCGACCGCCCUCAUCAAGCGGAGAGCUCGCAAAGUCCAGGCCUUUUCCGUCAUCAACGGCACCGCUACCAUUCUCGGCGGCGUCGGCUCCAUCAUCACCGCCACGCGCUGGUGGGGAUAUGUCAUCCUCAUCCCCGUCAUCAUAUCCUCCGUCUUCUGCAACAUCUGGUGGCGAAACGUGAUUGGAUACACACGAUCCGAGGGCCACCCGGCCAUGGUCCGGGACGAACUCGUCUACGCGCUCGAUUCCGCCGCCGUCUGCGAGGUCAAGGCCCUCGAGGACGCCGAAGCGCCUCCGGCCUGGUGUUCCGAGCUGCCGAGCAGCUCGCUGGACGAGAUGCUUCGAUUCCUGGCUCGCCACUCGCUCUUUCACCAAUACUGCGCCGCCAUCACGGCCAACCCACAGGUCUGCCAGGCACUCGGGGGGGACGCAGCCGACCAGGACGAGCUCUCCAUCAGCCCCGAGCGUCUCCUGGCCCUUCCCGCCGACCUCCACCCAGUCCUCCUACACCACGCCGACAAGAUGGCUCGCCAGGCAGGGCCUGAUCACUUCAGGAACAGAGAGCGAUAUCUCGCGGAAAUCCUGGGCACGUACUGCACCUUGGCGGUCCACCACGACGUGAUGGACGACACCGACAGCGCUGAGCGCCGGGAGAAGGCUGCGGAACCCAUGUAG